ACCUUCCCUCGUCAGACGUUCGUUGGCACAGCAAGCGUGUGGAUGUGCUACUGGUAGUGUCAGUUGGUUCCUCAGUCGUGUGAAUAGCGAAAGCAUUUGAUAGCAUCUUCAACAUGAGAAUCUACAGAAUAUUAUUUCGGCAGGCGAGAGCCUUGAUAGAAGAGAGGCUCGACCAUUAUUCGCAAUUCAAUCCGUCGCCACUUUCAAUGCAACAGUUCACAGACUUUGGUCAGAAUGCAACCAAUAGCGAGUCUUAUCUGUUUCUGCGAAAGGAGCUUCCAGUACGCUUGGCCAAUAUCAUGAAGGAGAUCAAGUUGCUGCCAGAACACCUGCUGCAUAUGCCGUCUGUCUGUGCUGUCAGCGACCUCUACCGAAUGAGUUUUGUUGAUCUUUUGGAAUUCGAGAAAGGGGACUGCAAUGACUCAAAGAUCUUGGAUAAGUUCACUGAUGCGUUGAUAAAGAUACGAAAUCGCCACCAGGAUGUAGUCAUGACAAUGGCUCAGGGAGUGAUGGAGCUUAAAGAGGCACAUGCUAUUAAUGCCAAUGUGGAAGCUAACAUACAGUACUUCCUUGAUAGAUUUUACAUGAAUCGCAUUUCUAUACGUAUGCUCAUCAACCAGCACACAAUGCUGUUUGGAGAAAGUGUCAACUCUCACAACCACAUUGGAUGUAUAGAUCCCAACUGUGAUGUUGUUCGUGUGAUAGAAGAUGCCUAUGCCAAUGCGCGCUUCUUGUGUGACCAGUAUUACUUGGCAUCCCCAGAACUUGUCUUAAAGUACCACAAUGGCCGGGACAAGAAGACAGUAACCCUCAAAGAAGCUGGGGAGCCAGCUGAUAAAACUCCUGCAAGAGUUGUAUACGUUCCCUCCCAUCUCUACCAUAUGUUGUUUGAGCUCUUCAAGAAUGCCAUGCGUGCAGUGAUUGAGCAUCAUGGUACUGGUGCUGAUGAGUUCCCAGCCUUGGAAGUGCUGUUGGUUAUGGGUACAGAAGACCUUGUCAUUAAGUUGUCAGACCAGGGUGGUGGCAUUCCUCGCAGUGUUAUGGAUCUCCUCUUCAAUUACAUGUAUUCUACAGCCCCUCAGCCAGCAGUGUCUGGGCUAGACACUCCUCCCCUUGCUGGCUAUGGUUAUGGUCUUCCUCUUUCAAGAUUAUAUGCCCGAUAUUUCCAUGGGGACCUCAUGCUUACCUCUUUUGAAGGCUUUGGUACAGAUGCUGUCAUCUACCUUAAGGCCAUCUCCAGUGAAGCUAAUGAGCUUCUUCCAGUCUACAAUAAAACUUGUCAGAGGCAGUAUUCCACACCAAUUCAGACUCAUGACUGGUCUUCACAGGUGCAUUCAGCAAUGUUCAUAAGACCUUUCAGCACAAAUGUUCUCCAGAGACUUCAACAGGGACACAACUUCUCAACAAGCAGUAAAUGCACAGCCUCUGAUUGACUCUGAUGGCAUAUUUGAAAACAGAAGUUUGACUUGAACUGUAGUUGGUAAUAAUGUGAGCUGAGCUAUUCUGUUUAUAGUUGUAUGUUUACUGAGGCUCAAUAGAUAUGUAUUUUUAUUCUGAAUUAUAAGUCUGAUAGAGUGCAAGUUAGAUUAUAAAAAUCUUAUUAUAACAGGAACUCUUGGAUAUCCUGUUGAUGUUGAGCUUUUAAGUUGCUUCAUAUUAGAUUUUUUUAUGAUUUAGUUUUGUUUUAUGAUUGUGGCUUUGGUUUCUAUAUACAGUUUGUGUAUAAAAAGGUAAUAUUUCUAACUCUCCGUUUCAACAUUUUAAGACAUAAUGCUGGUUAGCUAUUUUAAAGAUAAUAGGUGUUGUUGAUAUACCUUUUUUUCAUUAUUUGCACAAGUGGAAAUAUAUAAUCUUGGCACUUGAUUCAUCAGGUUUUCUGUGUACAUACUGCUAACUAGACAAAUAUCUAUUUUAUUUCUUUUUAAGCAUAAUUUUAGGUGUAAUUGUACAUCCAGAUGACAUACAUGUUUCACAGGAAGUAGCAGGUUCGCUGAUUACUCUGGAUAGUGCUUACAUCCAUAACCCCAGUGCUUCCCUUCACCCCUUCAAUCCAGUGUCUGUAUGGGUACCUGGCAACUGAACAAGGGCGUAAAUGGGGGUUAUAGUAAGGUUGUUAACUCUUAACCAUAGAAUUAUGCUGUUUGAGAAAUUCACAAGAGUGGACCAUCAUACACUUCAUCACUUUUAGGUGAUAGAACCGUGUUAUGUAAACUGCUGAAUGUAUUGGGCAUCAGUCUGUUGUUAUGAUAUGACAUUGAAAGUUUGUAAAUUGGCCUCCCAAUGAUGAUUAAGUACAAUUUCUUUGUGUAGUAGAUCUGAAAAACAUCACUUUCAAUCAAUACUUAUGAAUUAUAUGUUUCUCUCAUUUGAUUACUUAAGAAAAGAUUUGUUGUGAGCAUGAUUUGAUUUUGAAUUAUGUUAUUUCAGGAUAAAGACAUUUUCAUUCACUCCUUCAUCCAUUUAAUUGUAUAGUUUAUAUAAAGAGAAACUUGCAAUGAAGACAAGCCUGUUAAGAGUAUAUUUUAAAAAUGUAGUACAUUAUACAUUCAUUGAACACAUACCAUUUUGAAAGAUUUUAUCAUCAGCAUAUCUUUGUUAUACAUUUGAAUUGUGAAAUAGAGAUAAAAUGUGUUAUAGAGCUUUAUAAAGUGAUUUGUCUUGUUAUUGGGUAUACAUGAAGAUAGCUUUUUUUUAUUGAGUAUAGCAAAACCCUGAUUUUAUGAUGCCUUUACUUUCAACAGAAAAUAUCCCAUAGCAGGAACCAUUGAUAUUAUGCAUUUACUUUCAAGAGGUAAAGACAAGUAUAGUUUAGCUAUCUUAGUUCAGCUUUUGAAGGACAGUGAAAUUAAUUGGAAACCUUGCAUUUUUUGUAAAUAGAAACCAUUUUAUUUAUUGUACAUAUCUCUGGUCUUGUUUGGAGUGAGGAUUUUUUUUUAUUUUGUAUUUUUUAGAGUGGAAAUGAGGAAAGAGGAUUCAAGUGCUGAUAUAUUCAGCAUUAACUGAAUGUUAAUUUCAUGUUAUACUUUUCAUGUUGCAGGAAAUAUCAAACUUUCAUUGUUCAGAGCAGGUUCUUCUGUGGACAAGUAACCAAUGCAAGUUCUAGUUACUUAUUUAUUGAAUUUUAUAUUAAUUUCUUUAAGGCACAACUUUCUUGCAGAUAACUAUUUUUGUAUUUGCUGCAUAAGUAUGAGUGAUUUACAUUUUCAUUUUUUCCUAGUCAUCUUCAGUUUUUAGGUAUAGUUAUAUUCAUUUUAGUACCUUGGUAUCUGGUACCAUUAUUUUUCUAGUGUAUGAUCAUGCAACUGUGAUUUAAUUAGGAUGGAUAUAUCUUUAGAUAUUUAGUUUGUUCCCAAUGUCCAUAUUUUGCAGCUCCUGUCAUAUCCUGGUAUUCUGUAACUUAGCACCAACAAAAACAAGACAUUGAUGCAGUGCUUGCAACUGUUUUACGAGAGUGUGAUAGUCAAUUCUAUAAUACUAGUAGUGGAACUUUCUAGCUCACUGUGGUAUCAUGAUGAUUAUUAACAAAAUGCUUUGAAUGCUUCUUUCACCAGUGCUAGUAAUGUGUGCGCUUUGUCAGCAAGGUGUAUUUCAGUUUUGGUCAGCAAUAUUUACAUAGCUUGUAUACUCCACAAAACAUCCUAAUCAAGAUUCAGUUAGUGUUGUGAUUAAUGGUAAUAGUAUUAUUUAGCUGCUUUGUUUCUUUUAGAUUGCUGGAACUCUGAAAAGAAAUGUUUUGGAUGCGACUUGCACAUUGCCGGCCAUGGACAUCAAACAUCCAGUCUCAUAUUACAGAAUAGAAGUGGCAUUUGUUAUUCAAACAGUAGGACAGUUACUUUAACAAGUACAUAUCAGUUUGUAAAUACUUUUGUUGAAGAGAAAGAAAGGAAAUUAUGGCAGUUGCAAGACUGGAGUGGAAAUAAGAGUAAUAUUGGUAAAUUGUAAGUCAUAUCACCUUUGAAUCCCUUUAAGAAAGCUGUGAAAUAUCAGUCUUUUCAUAUACAUAACAGUCCUAAACUCUUUGACUGCUUAUCCACUGAUGAUUUAAUUGACAUCAGUACAUGAUGACCUCAGUAUGACUGUCCUGAAUAUGUGAUAAACUAAUAGCAUGA